UACAGUAAACUAAAGGCGGUUCAAGUUUCCUUUUCUGUAAAUCUUCCCUUAUAUAUAUAUACACACACUUGGAGCUCAAGUUCUUGUUCUUUCUUAUAACUCAAAACACGAACAAAUCAUUCAAAGCUAUAAAGACUUUUUCUUACCAAUGGAUUACUUGAGAACAGAGUUUCAAGCUAACCUCGACUCAGAGCAAGAAGAAAGAUCGACGAUAUCUGAAUCUGGAAGCUGCGACUCGUAUGAUCAGCAACGACCUUCUUUUGCAGACGAGCACGGGCUCAUGGAGUUGCUUGAAGGCGAUAGAGCUUACGAUCUUAUCUACCGUAACUGUAAAUCUGCUCUGGGAGACCAAUGCGAGCUUCUCUCGAUUCUGAGAAACGGGUUUGCCACCGUUGGGUCUCGUGCUAAGCUCAAAGCUUUCCAGGUCUUUCAAGAGGCGGUGGAGAUGAAACACGGCGGUGGCGGCGGAGGGAGUAAUAAAGCUAGAGUCAAAUACGGCUGGUGCGCCGUCAAGAAAACAGAGUUGAAGUCGGUUCUUGAAUAUGGUUUUAGCCAGCCAAGAAACGAUGGAUCUUAUGGCCGUGGAUUGUAUCUCUCCCCGGAUAAUGCUCUUCUUGAAUGUUUGAAGGACUCAGCUGAAGAAUCAGAAGAUGGGAUGAGAUUCAUGCUGCUUUCUAGAGUUUUACUUGGAAAAUCAGAGAUAGUUUCAGGAGGCUCGACUCAGUCGUGUCCGAGCUCUCCAGAGUUUGAUUCUGGUGUGGAUGAUUUAGCUUCUCCGAGCAAGUAUAUUGUGUGGAGCACACACAUGAACACACAUGUCUUGCCUGAGUUUCUUGUCUGCAUCAAAGCUCCAUUUAACUUCAACAGAAGUCCAAAGAGAUUGAGAUCACCAUGGAUGGCGUUUCCUGUAUUGAUCAAAGCAUUAUCCAAGUUCCUACCUCCUUCCCAAAUACUCAUCAUUCAGAAACACUAUAAAGAUCAGCAAAACAGGAGAAUCUCGCGGAGUGAACUAAUACAACGAGUCAGACACAUAACAGGAGACAAGUUGCUUGUUCAUAUCAUCAAAGCUUUUGGACACAAAGCUCAACACUAAAACUUAAGCGCCCAUAGUUUGCAUCUGCUGUAUAAGGAUUAAAGGCCGGUCCGCAGAUUUGUCUAAGGCUAAGCCAUGUGUAGUAGAGUCCUUUUUAUUUCAAGAUAGUGACGAAUUUUUCUAUUUACGAUUGAUGAAUUUUUUUUUUAUUGAGAUAGAAUCUAGUGGCAGCUCAAAAAUGUUUUAGAGUCCCCCGGGACCAUUUCUUUGGAGCGAUGAAAUAAAUAUUUCAAUUUCUGUAACGAUUUAUUCGUUUUUUUUUGGUCACGAACAACUUAUUCUUUUUUUAUAUAGCAUAGUUACACUAAAAUUAUUUAUGUUUGUGUAAGAGGACACAUUCAUCUGUAAAGAUACAAUCAAAAAUAUCAAUGAAGAGAGAGAUUAAAGUUC